AUGACCGCCAUCAAAAACGACGAGAUCUGGAAAAGCGAAUCAAAAGGUGAGAAACAAACGAAUUGGAGAGCGAUUUACAUAGCCGGUGCAAUGUUGGUAUUCUCCGGGAUUAAUCAAAGCAUUUUCUACAUGCCCGUCUGGCCGUACACCAAAUCGAUAGCUCCCGAAACAUCGGUCUCCGCACUCGGGUGGAUCAUUUCAGCGAAUAGUCUUGGAUGCUUAAUGGCGAACCCUAUUUUCGGCUGGUGGUCUCAGAAGAGCAUGAAAGCCGCACAACCAGUCACUUUUGCUUUCACCGCCGCCGCUGUAGGCAAUCUUUUAUACAGUUUAUUGCCAAUUCUCAAUUCUUCCUCGAUCAUCCCAGCCAUGUUAACUGCUCGUUUCCUUUGCGGGAUUGGAGCGGGCACUCUCGGAGUGUUGAGAUCGUUCGCCGCGACAGCGAGCGCCCCAAAAGAUCGUUUACAGGCAAUUGCCAUCUCUUCAGCUGGGCUCACCGCUGGAUUAUCAGUUGGACCGACGAUUCAAUUAAUGUUCAUGCCAAUUGGUUCUGUUGGAUGGACUUUUUUCGGUGUUCCUUUCAAUCAAUACACAACUCCUGGAUAUUUUGUGUGCAUUAUUUGUCUCAUUUGUAUCAUUAUUUUGCAUACGAUCUUUGAGGAGAAUUAUGUUGGGAUAAUUUCAGACGACGAGAAAGCACAAAAUCCAUGGCUGGUGAUGCCGAAAUUCGAUCGAAUUCCGGUGGGGAUUUUGUUUUUCGUUUGGUCUUGCAUGUGCUCGGUGGGAGCCGCUGUGUACUCAGUUGCUUCACCACUAACAAUGGCAAUGUACGGCUGGUCGUCGGAUGAAGCCGUCUCCUAUAAUGCACUUCUUCAAACGGGCUCUUGUGCCACAUCAGGGAUCACCUAUCUUUUUCUAGCAAAAACGAGAUAUGGGAAAAUGGAUCGUCGUGUACAGAUUUGCCUUGGAAUGUCCACUUUUAUCAUCUAUAUGAUAGCUGUUUAUCCAUGGUUUUUCUAUGAGGGACCACUCGAGUUUGCGAACGCGAAUGGCACAACUGGUGGCUGUGCUCUUCAUUUCACGUGGUGUUCCACUUACACACGUGUUCCCAUUCUUCUGAAUUGGUUUUCCAACGAUUGUCGCUCCAUUGAAUGCUUUGUUCUCGGAAGUUGUUGGACCAAGAAAACAGAGUUUUCUCCAAGGAUGGCUCACUUUUUCCGGAAGCACCUGCCAGUUUUUGACACCUCUUUUUGUUUUGCCCCUUUUCGAGAUUUCCGGAUUUCGCUGGGUUAUCGUGGGCACAAUUUUCCUUCAUUCUACCGCCAUUUUGUUGAUAUUUUUGUU